AUGGUGUUCUCAAAAGAUCGCUCGUACAAGCAGCCGAUAGAUAGCUCUGUAAUCGCGGACAGUGGAGAUUUGCAGUACAAGACGCUGGUCUUCAUCAGGCACGGCGAGAGUGACUGGAACGAAGUCUUCAACCGAGCUCUGCAAAGAAAUCAAGUUUUCAAUUUUGUCAGUGGUUCAUUUGGUUUUGGUGAAUACUCAUUCCCGAUUUCUAACCAAAUGUGCAGGUUUUGGACCCUCCUUUUUGGUUCGUUUAGUGAAGGCACUGAUUCGCGAGAUCAUGAUGCUCACGACUCAGGACUCUUUGUUCUACGACUCACCACUGAGACUAUCGCUGAGGAGGGUCGUAAGCUUGUGAACGGUGAUUUGGAUGGACCUUCUCACAAGUCGGUGCUGGUGUGCUCAAAUCUGCGACGAGCGAUUGCCACGGCUACCUUGGGGUUGCGAGAUCGUAUACAACGUACAGGCGAGAAGAUACAUAUGUUAUCAUGCCUCCAGGAAAUAUCCCGGAAUGUGGAUACCAUUGCACUUGCGCUGCCACAUAAGCCUCUAAUUGGUAGACCGGCUAGACCCGAUGUAAUGUGGAACGGCACGGGUGGCUACGGUAUAUGUAUUACUGACUCGUGGGUGCCUGAUAUGCAUGGCCUUGGUGACUUCUUAUGGAAAGGAUACAGUCCCGAGACUUGCUACGAUGUCACAUCAAAUUUCGGUACUAAAGUCCCCGACGCCAGCAACGGUCUCAUGCGCAUGAACGAGUUUGCCGAGUGGUGCUUCGAGCGCUCAGAAGACACAGUCAUUGUGGCGGGUGGACACUCGCUGUAUGGGCGUGAGUUCUUCAAGGCUUUCCUCCCCAGGGGCCGAGUUGCAAUCUCCGUCGUAUCGACGUACUUGCCAAAAAAAAAUGCUUUGAGUGCUCAGAAGAGACAGUUAUCGUAG